AUAUUAGUAUUUAAUUAAAGAGAGGCUUUAUUUAAUUUUAAACCACCUGUCAAUUCAUUUCUAAACUAAAUUCGAAACACAACACAACAAAAAAAAAUUCAAUAUGUUUUUAAAAAUUGGUUUUGUUAUAUGCUUUGCAUCUGUAGCGUUUGGAUUUCCAAAAAGCGAUGAUCAAAAUGAACUAGUCCAUACAGUCCUUAAUUCAAUGUCCAAUGUAGGAAGAGAACUUUCAAAAGUUAUUUCUGAUGACUCUGAUAAAUACUCUGUCGAUUUUAAUGGCUUAUACAAAAAAUAUGAAGUGGACAACAAAGCUGAAGAUGCUAAGAAAUUUUUACAAAAUCAAUUUAAAACUGGAACAGAAGCUUUUAACCAACAAAUCAAAAACAUUGAUAUGACUUAUGAAAAUGAAUUGAAAAAAAUCUCUGAUAUGAUAAAAAAAGAUGAUCCUGCUCUUGGAGAAAAAUUCAAUAAAUACUAUGAUUUAACUUGUCAAUUGGAUAGGUUAACAGAAGAUAUAAUCAAACAUACAUUGAGCUCAGAAAAAAUGACCUCUACAUUUGAAAAAGUUAAAAAAGAUGCAUUUGAACCAAUGCAACGAAAACUCAUAGAAAGUAUUAAAAAACUAGAAUACUAAUGAGAAAAAUGAAACAAUAAAAAACAGAAAAGAAGGAUAAUGAUGAACAGGGCUCGUAACUUAAUGAAUUUAUAAAGUUUAUUUUAGUUAUCUCGAGUAUAUCUACGAUAAAUUAGGGGAUCAUUCGACUUAGAACAAAAAGUAUUCCUGUGGCAAUAUAUAAACUAAUAAUAAUUUUUCACGGAGUUGGAUGUCUCAGAAAAAGUUUAAACAAAUUUUAUAAAUACAUCCCGAGCCCUUAUGAAGAAUAAUUAAAUGAUAUUUUAUAAAAUAAAAGUUAAUAUUAACUGCAAUGUUUAUUCAUUCUAUUCGACACAUUUAAAGCUGUUCAAAAAUGAAAGUUUAAAAUCGUUAAAAAAAUAUAUUACUAUUUUACCUGAAUAAAUAAAAUUACACUUCUUCACUCUAUAGAGAAAUACAAGGAUAGGAGCCGUGGUAUAUGUUGUUCGCUGACAAUAUAGAGUAAUAGAAGGAAAUAAGAUCAGCUUUUGAAGAAAAGGGCUUAAGAAUAUGUAGGAGUAAGACAGUGUAUUAGAGUACGAGUUUGACAAAAGUGAACACGAGGUAGAUGAAAUAAAAAGACCAGUGACAAUAGGUGAGGACGUGAUUGAAGAGAUGGAGAGUUUUAAAUAUUUAGGGUCAGUUGUGCAAAAGAGUGGUGGUAUUGACGAGGAUGUAAGACACAGAAUUAAGUGCGGGUGGUUGAAGUAGAGAGAAGCAUCUAGUCUGUUAUGCGAUAAAAGAAUUCCAAAGAAACUGAAAGGUAAAUUCUACAAGACUGUUAUAAGGCCAGCUAUGGUGUAUGGUUCAGAGUGUUGGGAGGUUGAUAAGAAAGUAGAGCAGAGAAUGAGUGUAGUAGAAAUGAGAAUGCUUAGAUGGAUACAUGGAGUGACUAGAAAAGAUAGAAUAAAAAAUGAGCAUAUAAGAGAAAGUAUAGGUGUAGCGUCAAUCGUGGAGAAAAUGAGAAAAAAUAGACUUAGAUGGUUUGGUUAUAUUAUGAGGUGAGAGAUGGAGGGAUGUAAUUGAAUGAUGUAGAAUUGAAGCGAUGUAAAUGCAAUAUGAGGACGGUUGAUAUGAGAGUAGAUGAUGUGGUAGAUCGUCUCAAAUGGAAGUUUUGGACGAGAGUGUUAAUCCCAAGUAGUUGGGAUUAAGGCGAGGAAAAAGAAAAAGAACACUUCUUCACUCUAUCAGAAAUAUUUCAGACUGUAUAGAAGUAAAGCGUACAAUAAUAUUUAAAAUUAUUUAAUAUAAAUUACUUAUGAGAACAUUUAGAUAAAAAUAAAAAUAAAUAAAAUUUUUUGAGUAUUUUAAGUAUUUUUUUUUUAAUAUUUAAGGUAAUACAUAAAAAAUAAUUUCUGUUACAAUUUUGGUCACUUGGAAAUAUUUAUAAAUUGACAAUUUAUAUUUAAGAAUUUUUUUGUUUUGUAUUAUACUAAUAAGCCAUAUUGUACAAUUGUAGUCGGACAUUUGCUUUAGGAGAGAAGUAAAAUUUAAGAUAGUUGAAUAAUAUGUGAGACUUAGAUAUAACAACUAUAAAAAUUACAUUUCAAUAUAAGAGCUAUUAGAAUUUAAUUAGUAUGUGUUAUAUAUUAUAUGCUUAGCAGUUGUAAUGAUAACUGUUAUCAAAAUACGUUUAUGCAAUUUUUUAGUAAAUUUUGUUACUUUAUUUAAUUAUGUUUUUAUUUUUUUAAUUUUAAAUAUUAAUCACAAGUGAUAAAUUUUUAUACUUCAUUUUACAUUUACAGUAUUGCAAUUAAUAACCAAUUAUCAAAUAAAAUUUUUUACUAAUUUUGUUUUGUUUCAAAACUUUAAAAUAGGCAUUUUUUUACAAACAAAUGAUAUGGGGCGUUAACAAAUUUAAAACAAGUGUUUAUCAAGCAUUUUAUUACACAAAGUGGAUUUGUAGCACGGGUGUUUAGAGUCCGUAUUGGUGUACGUAUACUCAGUCCGCGUUUCAUACUCACUUUGUGUAUUUAAAUGCUUGCAACUUGAGAAGUACUUGUUUUAUAAAUACUAAAGUGUUUAUCAAACCAUCAAAACUUUUAUUAAAUCUUAUUUUUUAAUUUUUUUAUUAAUGAUUGAUAAUAAAAAUAUGCUUUAAAUAUAGUCUUAAAUUAUAAUAGUUAUUAAAAACAAAAAUUUUAACGAAAUGAUAAUUGGAUCAAAAGUAAUUGAAUUUGUCAUAUCUUAGUGACUCACUCUGUGUGUAUAUAUUAUACUUUAUAAUGGUAGAUAUAACUAUUUUUUAAAGCCAUCCUCAUAUGUGAAACAAUUUAAUAAGUAAAUAUAUUUAUUUACAUUGUUAAAGUAAUAAAAAUAAUAAGGAAAACUUAAGUACAUUUUAGCUUCGAUGCGAACUGAGAAGGUAUUAGUUUUACUAUGAUAUGUAUUUUUUUUUGUGUCUGUUACCACUUUUUCUCAGAUUUCACUGAACCGAUUUCUUUCAACGAUACGUUAAAAGAUAACAAAUCGUAUCUAGUCGAAGAUAUUACCCUCAAAAAUUGAAAACAUUUCCCUCGUUCCCCGGAAAUGGAAGAAUCCUCCAAAAAAAUUACAAAUUUAAAAAUCGCUAGUUUUCGAAUUUUUUUUCUUAAAACUGCUAUAACUUUUUUAAAAAUGACAAAAUCGAUAUAAUUUUAUUUUUAUAAAUGCAUGAUGUCUUUAUCUAUCAUUUGAUAUACUUUUUUUAUAAAUCUGAUCCUUUAUCUGCCCACAGAGGGGGAUUUAAAAUGACAACUUAACUUUUAAAAGUUUUCCGAAAAGUCUGAUACUUUUAUAUAUAUUUUAAAUUAAAGUUAAUGUAAUAUACUUUAUCAUGGAAAAAAAAAUUUCGGACUUUAUUUUAUCUUCGUGGUGAAAAUAGACAUCAAAGAUAAUAAACUUAACUUUGUAUUUUUGUAAAAAAAUUCUUUUUUAUAUUUUUAACUUUAUAAUGCUAUAACUUUUUGAAAAACGUAUGGAUCUUUACAAUUUUUUAAUGAGAAGUAGUAUUUAUACAUCUUUCAUUAGACAUACUUUAUCUUAAUCAGGAUAUAAAUAAGGAAAUAGGAGAUCAUAUAGCUUUUGGAAUAGUCUACUAAUUUUUUAAAAUUAAACACUAUCUAAAGAUUUGCAUCGAAGCGUUUUUUAUGAUAAUGAUUUUAUUCACUGUCAGAUAUUAUUAUACUUGACCCAACUAUGCCACGUCAACAUUGUGCAGCGACCCCCCUGUACUGGGUUUUUAAAUACAAAAGCAAUCGGUAUCAAUGUAGAGUAUGUAAUAAAUAAUAAAUAUAUCAAUGUUUGACUAAAGAAAUUUAGGGGACAACUACCCAAUUGCUCCUCUAUAUUUACCUCAGUCGGCCGUAAAGGCACUAUUUAGUAUUACUGUCGACCAAAAGGACUUAUAAUAAAUUUAUAAUAAACGAAAUCGAAAGCUAAAAUUCAAUCGGUCGAUUAAAUCGAUUUGGUUGGUCUCUUAAAAAAUAAACUUUGUUAUGCCCUUGAUAAUAUCUAUUUCUAAAAUGAAAAAUAAUAACUUGAACUUAAAAGUCGCCUUACAAAAUACUAUGAAUCAAAUUUAUAAAUAUUUAAAAACAAACAAACAAAUAAAUAAAAUUAAUAUUUUUUUAUUUUUUUAUUUUUAUAUAUUUCUAGAUUUAUUAAUAAUUAAAUUUACCCUUUUACUUUAUAAGGUUGUCAACUUCAUUUUUUUAGAUGACAUCAUAUAUAUUUAAAUAGCUAAUAAGAUAAUGACUAGUAGACUUUUGAAAUAGUACUUCGGAAAUUAUUAUGUUUUAUGAUAUUUUACAUAAAACAUAAAAAAAUUAUUACUCCAUUUAAAAAAAAAAGUAGUUACUUGUCCUUUUCAAAAGAAGGUUAUGAUAGUGAAUUAUGAUUCGAAUAUUUAUAACGUUAUAAGCAAAAAAAGUAGCAACAUUGAAACGGUAAAUGAAAAUAAAUAAAUACCGUUUUAAUAUUAAAAACGUUAAAUGUAAAAAUUGUAAAAUGUUUAAAUGAAAUCACGUUAAACUCAUUUAUAAGAUAACCAUAUAUUAUAUUUAAACGUUAAACGAAAAAAAUAGUUUUAAUCCGAUAUAAGUAAUAUUUUGACAAUACUAAUAUUCGAGAUUACCAUGUGGGAUAUAUUAUGUAUAUAUGUGUUUAUAUUUAUAUAAAAAAUAAAUAAAAGUUCUUUAAUUUUGAUUUAUAAUCAUAAAUUUAUUUAUUAAAAAUAAAAAUUAUACAAAAGUAAAAUUGUAAUAAUUAAACUAGUGAAAAAAUUCAGGUUUUAACUUAAAUCCAAAUAUUUUUAAUUUAAUGUUGUACAGUAGUUAUUUUUAUUAAUUAAAGUUGAACUGUGAAUACGUUUGUUUUUCAGACUUUGAUCAUUGAACAUUUGCCAUCUAAGCAGAA